ACAUAAAAAACCUUUUUUUAUCCACAAGCGGUUGUCUUGUUGCUCCUCCUGUUCGCAGAAAAGUUCAUAUAGCAGUAACGACCCCCCAAUUCCCAUAAAAAGCCCAAAUUUUAUUUGUUUGGAAAAAGAAACUUUCUGUCAUGUCCACUCCUGCUGUCGUCGAAGCCGUUGCACCCGUUCCCGAAGUAGCCCAGCCUGCUGUUGUAGCUAUGGCAUCUCCAGCGCCCUCCGCUCCAACUUACGCCCCCCAGACGACUUCGUCGGCUCCGAGUGCUUCACUCUAUGUUGGAGAGCUAGACUCUACUGUCACGGAGGCUAUGUUAUUCGAGAUCUUCAAUAUGAUUGGCCCUGUAGCCAGCAUCCGUGUCUGCCGUGAUGCUGUUACACGUCGCUCCCUUGGCUACGCCUAUGUUAAUUAUCUCAACACUGCUGAUGGUGAGCGCGCUCUCGAGCAGCUCAAUUAUUCAUUGAUCAAAAACCGCGCAUGCCGUAUCAUGUGGUCUCAGCGUGACCCCGCCCUUCGCAAGACUGGUCAAGGCAACAUUUUCAUCAAAAACCUCGACGAGUUGAUCGACAACAAGGCUCUUCAUGACACCUUUGCUGCUUUCGGGAAUGUCCUGUCUUGCAAGGUCGCUACCGAUGAACAAGGCCGAUCCAAGGGAUAUGGUUUCGUGCACUAUGAGACCGCUGAGGCUGCAGAGAGCGCCAUCAAGGCCGUUAAUGGCAUGCUACUUAAUGACAAGAAGGUUUACGUAGGGCACCACAUCUCUCGCAAGGAACGCCAAUCCAAGCUUGACGAGAUGAAGGCCCAAUUCACCAACCUCUACGUCAAGAACAUUUCUUUCGAAGUCACGACCGAGGAAUUUGAUAAACUCUUCCAACAAUUUGGAGCGGUUACUUCUGCUGUGAUCCAGGCCGAUGACGAGGGCAAGAGCAAGGGUUUCGGAUUUGUCAAUUUUGAGACCCAUGAAGCUGCUCAGAAGGCUGUCGAGACCCUUCAUGACACUGAGCUCUACGGUCAGAAGUUGUUCGUCUCCCGUGCACAGAAGAAGGCAGAACGGGAAGAAGAGCUGCGCAAAUCGUACGAGCAGGCUAAGAUGGAGAAGCUUAGCAAGUAUCAGGGUGUCAACCUGUACAUCAAGAAUUUGGAGGACGACGUCGAUGAUGACAAGCUUCGUGCCGAGUUCGAGCCUUUCGGUACUGUCACGAGCUGCAAAGUUAUGCGUGAUGACAAGGGAACUUCUAAAGGCUUUGGCUUUGUGUGUUAUGCAUCUCCCGAUGAGGCCACCAAGGCCGUCGCUGAGAUGAAUAACAAGAUGAUUGGUUCGAAACCCCUGUACGUCUCGCUUGCUCAGCGCCGUGAAGUUCGCAGGCAGCAAUUGGAAAGUCAGAUUGCUCAGCGAAACCAGAUCAGGAUGCAACAAGCUGCAACUGCUGGUAUUCCUGGAGGGUAUAUGAAUGGGCCCAUGUACUACCCGCCUGGUCCUGGGUAUCCUCCUCAGGGUCGUGGUAUGAUGGGAUAUGGUCAGCCUGGAAUGUUGCCACCCCGUCCUCGCUAUGCUCCCGCCAAUGGGCAGGUUCCUGGUAUGCCCCUCCCUGCGCCUUUCGGCCAACCACCCCCGCAGGGCUACGGCAUGCCAGGCUACCCUGGAGGCGGUCGUGGCGGUGGACCUCGUCCUUCUGCAGGACGCACCUCCCCUCCCAUGCCUGCUGCGCCUCUCCCCCGCGCUAAUGGACCCCCGCCUGUCAACGGCGCUGUUCGUCCUCCUGGUCCACCUCAAGGCCCGCCCCGCCCGCCCGCGGCAGUCCCUGCCCCCGCUGGCCGUGCACCGCCUCAACCACAGGGUUAUAAGAUUAACCCUCAGACUCGCAACGCUGGUGCAGCUGUUCAACCCGCUCCUCCCGUUUCUGACGCUACUUCUGCACUUACCCAAGCUGCUCUUGCGAGCGCGUCGCCGAUGGAACAGAAGCAAAUGCUCGGUGAGGUGAUCUACAUGAAGAUUGCAUCUUCUCAGCCAGAAUUGGCCGGCAAGAUCACUGGAAUGUUACUCGAGAUGGACAAUGCCGAGCUGCUUCACUUGCUGGAGAACAACGAUGCGAUGAACAGCAAGGUCAAUGAAGCUCUGUCUGUUCUCCAUGAUUACACUGUCAAGGAGGAGUAAGCUAGGGGCUGCCAUGGUAUAUUUUGGACCACUUUUGGAUCCGUCCUUUCGUUUUUGUUUGAUGUCAAUCGCCCCUGCACUCGCCCGCUUUGAUACGUUUUCAUUGAUCAUCUUGACUGUCCUUGUCUUGAUCCAUCUUGUACAUCAUCGUCAUAUGCUGUCCUAGGGUUUGGAUAUGUGUCGUUCCUUCCGUGUGUACUUUUUAGACAGGAACAGAGGUGAACAACUGCUUUAUGAUUACGACGUGUGAUAUUGGAUUUCAGGACACCACCACCACCACCGCAAGUGGUGGGUUGCUGAUGCAUUAUUAGGCAGAACCUAAGUAACGGUAUAUGGUCCGUAAGUAGAUAAUAAAUGCAUAUGAUACUUUAU